AUGGAAUCAGAUCUCGAAGCAGUGAUUCGUGAUCAGACCGUCGUUCUCACUCCCGCCAAUAUUAAGUCUCUGAGCCUCCAGGUAAUCGACAAGUUUGUCUCUUUUUCCUGCUCACUACCCUGUCACUUAUUGUCUCCAGGCAAAGGGUUUCCCGCCCGUAACCCCUCACAUGACCGUUCAACCUGGGCCCCCCCUGAAGAAACUUUCAUGUUUGGCUUCUAAUGACAGUGCGGCCGUCGCGAACAACGAUGUCCACCGUGUGUCACACAGGAGGUUGUACGGACGGUGACUUAUGCGUGAAGAAGUUUACAGUGAUUGUAGACUUUCACCGCAUCUGUCACACUCCCUCCACCCUCACCCGCCAGAGAGAUGGAAUCAAGAAGACAGGAGUCCGGAUCGGGCGCAUUGACUGGCAAAGUUCGUCUACGCGUGCCAUAUUCGCCUGGUCCGCGCGAGAUAAAUCAAGUUUUCUGAGAAACAAGGGGGGGGGGACGGCCCGAAGCUUAGCUGAGUGUCAAUGUCGUAAGGGCCACAUCAAUAUGGAGUCUUUACAGCCUGACUCCAUCCUGAGAGGAAGACUGAGUUGUCGCGUAAUUUGACAACGUCCUAAACCACGGCCUUUAGCAUACUGUGAUAGAUUCAGGCGCGUCAGAUUGCAUAUAAUGAGAAAUAUGCGCUUAGUCGACCUCACUCUCUUCUCCCUCUCCAGAGCACCAGUCCGCUGUUCAAGCAGUUCAGUAAUCUGAUGCAGGAGUUGGGCACAAGCGAGUAAUGCUGCGUAAGGUUAGACCUAGGUGUGCCAUCAUACCCCCGGGAUCUCUCCUGUCACCUUAGGUUUAGUGUCUGAUGAAGACACCUGACAUGGAAAUGGUUGAGUUUUCUGGCACGGCUGCAGUAGACGGACCGGGUCUCCGGCCCGUACGGGAGCGCCAUCAAGACGACGGCCUCGUACAUCUUCAGUUUUGUGUUCAGUUGAAAAUCGUGACGAUCCCACACGGACGCUUGCAGCCGGUCGGAGGUUUGGCUGACUUUGGAGUGCCGCCGGACAACCUUGUUGUCGAUGUUUGUGUUGCGCGAAAGUGUGCUUCCCAGAAAAGCGAAGUUGUCAACGGUUUGGAGUUGGUUGUCGUUAACAGUGAUCCGACGAGAGUUGUAGUUAGCGUUCGGUGAAGGUCGGUGCUAGGCAACCGUUUUUUGUUGAUUGUCAUGUUGAAGUUGGCACACCCGGCGGCGAAGAGGUCCAUGCUCCGUUGCAUGUCUACUUCGGUCGUGGUAUCGAGCUCGCAGUCGCGGGCGAAGAGCAGGUCCUGGACAGCAGUCGUAGAUAGUCGCGUGAGGGCCUACAUGCCCCUGUUAUUGAGUAAAUACCCGACAGUUCUGUAGGCGAUGUGUAUCCUUGAGCACUCAUCACGGUAGGUGUCCAUCAGCAUGGCAGAGAACGUGAGACUGAAACGGAUAGGCGUGAAGACGCAGUCCUGCUUCACUCCAUUGGUAACUGCGAAUGCCUCGAAGAUUGUGCCGUUGGCCGUGACGCGCGCCAUAAUCCCCUCGCGGAGCUGACGUACCAUGUGCGUGAAUCGCUCAGGACAGCCGAAUUUCUGCAUGAUUUUCCACAAUCCCUCGCGAUUCGCCGUAUCGAAGGCUUUCGCCAGACUUAUGAACGUAGCGCAGAGGUGGCUUCGCUUCUCCUGGCACUUCUUCUGUAGCUAGCAAGCGCAAAGACCAUGCAGGUUGUGUCCCGGUGCCGUCGGAAGUCAUAUUGGCUUUCGGGCAGUAACCCUUGCUCAAAGUGGUCGUUGAGACGAUUGAGGAGAAAAGCGAACAAAGAUCUUUCCGGCGAAGUUGAGUAGAGAGAUGCCUCUGUGAUUGCUACAGAGUCGCCGGUUCCCUUGCGCUUGCAGAGGUAAACGGUGAUUGCGUCCUUGAAAUCCUGAGGAACUUGUCCACAGCCCCACACCUCCUGAAAUAGCAUUGCGAAUUGACCCAUCAGUCGGUGGCCGCCGUACUUGUAGAUUUCAGCCGGGCUCGCAUUGGGGUUUGGUGCUUUCCCGCUGGAGAGUUGUUGCACAGCGCGGAUGGUUUCUGGGGAGAGGGCGAGAGGUCCAGGUCGACGGUGAUUUUCACUUGGGGGAGCCGGUGGAUGGCGGCGUCGGAGAUUGUGGAGCGAUGGUCGAGGACGCUUCUGAAGUGCUCGAACCAACACCUCAGAAUCUGCGACUUCUCCGCCAAAAGCGCUGAUCCAUACAAGCUGAGAAGCAGCGCAGUUCUUUGGAUUGGCGGCCGUAGAUCGCCUUGUUCGCAACGAAGAAUUUUCUUAAUUCGUUGCGGUCGACAUAUCCCUAGAUCUUCUCGGCCUUGCUAGUCAUCCAGGCGUCCUGCAUUUCUCUCAACCGUUGCUGCGCAAGGCGGAGACACUAGUUGAAGGCCGCUUUCUUUGCAUCGGUUGGCCCGUCCAGGUAGGCUCAAUGCAGCCUGCUUCUUUCGGCGAGCAGGUUACUGAUGACUUCGUCGUUUUCAUUCAGGCAGUGCUGGUGUUGACGACGUGCACGGCCGACGACAUCCAGGGCGGUCGAAUGGACGGCGUUCCGCAGUUGACACUAUCGAGGCUCUACUAUGGCGCUGACGUCCGGGGCUUACAGGUCUGCCAGGUUCUGAGCUAACUGCUGAAAUGUAAACAGCGAGCAGACAAAUUCAGCAGAACAGUAUUCAACUUACCUGGCGGUCGCUUACCUUGUGACAUCUUGCGGGGUUGCAGAUAGAGCCUCAUCCUGGAGUUGACGAGGCGGUGAUCCGUCCAGUUAUCGGGGUUGCAGAUCGGUUUGAUCACCAGCACGCCCCAUCGAUCUCGCCGCCGGACGAGAAUAUAGCCCAGCAGCUGCCAGCACCGCGAUCUGAGGUGCAUCCAAGUGGACUUCUUUUGCAUCGGCAGGCGGAAGAAGUGUUGGUCAGCAGGGGUCAGUCUUCAGCACGGGUUCACAGGAGAAGGAGACCAUUGUCGUCGUAGUCGCCGAUCCCGUGAUAACCCAGCACUCCCCUCCAGACAGCGCAGUCCGUCGCGACGCGGACAUUGAAUUUGCCAAGGACAAUCAACUUAUCCGCCUUCUGCACAGUCGUCAGGAGGGCGUGCAGAUCCUCGUAGAAUUCGGUCUUCACCACGUCAGAGCCGCUAAUUGGUUGGAGGCGUGGACUUCUAAUUACCAGGUCGCGUGUUCGAGCCUCGGGUGUUCGAUACUUCGGGGUUGGGUAUGACUGGCUGACGACGACUAAUAAGCCAGAAAUGGCCAUUCCAGUCUCCCUUGUCUUUGUCGGUAAUGCCAUUCUGCCUAUAUGAUGUGCCGCUCUGCGGUUGCUGGUCGGGCUCGAGAGGGAGCCCAUAAGGCACAACGGAAUGAGUGAGUUCCGUAAGAACGAUCCGUGAGCGCCCCCUACCAAUGUUCACUUUGUAGCGCGCCAGUUCCCGAGCAACCGGCUCCGUUCUCCGUUCCUGUCGGUUUCUCCGCAGAUUGCCUAAAAGGAAACGAACAUUUCAGGCUGCUAGAGUGAGCGAACCCCUAGCAGCCUGUGGGGUGGGGCGGAGGGGAGGAGGAGGAGGGGGAAGAGUGAGAGUAUUGUUUCUUGUUUGUUGGUUUCGACCGCAGAUAUCAGUCUGCGAACCACGGUCUGCGCGCAGAUGUCGUGAAUCCAGCAUUUGUUUAGGACACAUUUCAUAGUCCCUCCCCCCCCUCAGGGGAUAUACAGUGCUGUCUCUAAAUAGGUCUGCCAAGUCGUCCCAGGCAGCUGUCGAACUGCGCUGUGGACCACGUGUUGGUUUAGUUCGAGAACGACCCUAUCGGCCGGGCCGCCUACGUGAUUACAUUUCGCCCUCGUCGUAGGACUUUUUGACCUUGGGGGUAAGAGAGUAGAGUAGAGAGGAGGGGGAGGGGAACAGAGUUACCGGGUAUGGGGACACCCGGAUAGCCUUAACCUGGUUUGGCAUUCCGGUCGAUGCGGUCACCAGGGUGUUGGCCGCUGGGCAGAGCCUAGCUUCGAGGAGCCACAUGUAAGAUUUGUGUACCAGUUAAUGGACGCUAGGCAUAGUCAACUGUCGCAAGCAGGCGAGCUACCUACUACGAUGAUCACGUGAACGCACAACUGGACACCCUACACCCCAUGUUUCUCGAUUACCGGCCACGCACACAUCCACUUAGCCGGUCACCGAGCUUACAUUUGGUUAUUCUACUUGCAAUAGGUGAAGAGACGUUCAUGUUUACUCUUUUUGACUAACACACUGCUGCUUUCUUAUCGCACGCAAUUAUCUAAGCAAUCACGUUUUCGAUUUUUCACUCAUCCGUGCUUUUUCUUGGGCACUUUGCAACCAAUAGAGAGUUCGAAGGCGUUCGCCUAUCGUUUUGUUAAUAAAACAGAUCUGAACUGCGGAUGUAGUUAUAAGCUUACCAUUUGCUAUGUAUAAUGAGUAUUUAUCAUCCACAGAAUUACUGUUUGUUUUCUGACGACGAUAAAUCCGCUGAGUUCCAGGCCGUCCCUGGAAUACCGGUUAUAUUUCAGGGUUUCCAUUGCUCUUAACUGAGUGCUCAAAACGAUAGGUUCUGUCGUUUUUUUUAUCAAAAUCUUAAAAAUAAAACAUUUCUUGAAAUCUUUUACUGACGUCUGGAGUUCACGAAUUUUUUCUUUAUGCCGAGGAAUCAUAUUUGUGCACUUGACCGAGCAUGAAAUCUAAUUGCCGAAGGAAAUGGAGUUUCACUACGAGGGCCUACCAUGAAUAUGCUCUUGUUCAACUUGAAAAACCGCUUAAAAUUUACCUUAAGAAGUGCAUUACUAGGGCCGAUGAAUGCCCGUUUCCUUCAUCGUUUCCCAGAGUGAAAACAAGUAAAAAAUUUGAACGUUUUGCCCACUUACACAGUUUUAUAACCGUUACUGUCAAUUCUUCUACCGCAUACAAAACAAGAAACUUUCCUCUUCGUAAUGGAGCUGUUUCACCUUGGCUUGCUUCUAGGCUCUAUUCUACAAUUGAAAAUGUACUACAGAGUGGCGAAUUGAAUAUUAAAAUAGUGCCAAAAUGGCGAACGAUGUGCGCAUUCCGUUUUUAAAUUACGUACUAACAGAAAUCGAAACACACAAAAGGCAUUUUACCCAAUUUCAAGAAGUUGAAGUGACUUCUUGUCGGUGAGCCAUUUCGCGGUUAUUUAUGGGAUGUUUGCAUAUGCCUGGAAAUUUCAAGUAUUUUAUGAAAAAAGAUUGCCCCUAGGCGUUAUCUCCGCUUUUUGAUGAAUAAAAUUGCGCAUGUGCAAGUUUGAACCUUUAAAAACCACAAAACUUCUGGUUUUCCGAAAAUAGCGUGCCUAUUCACAUCUUGCUGGAACUGAUUUCUGCAAAACGAAAAGCCGAUUUCCAAAUUAACGGCAGUAGUUUAGUACAUCUUCCUCAUGUAGUUUAAUACCCUCAAUUUGAGCAACAAGCACUAGUAUGGAGUUGUGGUCUAGGGCAGUUAUUAACUUAGGAACUUGCCCAAAUAUAACGCAACGUUGAUUUCGUCCAAACUUGUAAAACUUUGCCUUCAUAUAAUAACAUAGUAAGAUAUUUUGUAUGAAAAAAGAAUGUUUCCGGCAUGCGUUAGGCCACAAAGUGCACGUUGCCCAGGGCAAGGUAUCCUGAACCAAUCAUCUAGAUAUCAGCCGUCGCGUCUCGCGAGUUACGUCCCCUCACUUUUUGCAGAUGCUUUCCUUAUUUCUCGUAGGAGAGCUCUGAAUUAUCUUGCUAUUGCGUGCUGUUUCUUAAGUGGUGGAUCGAGGCCCAUAUUUCGUUUGCGUAGGCAUUUCCUCCCCCCCCCCCCAGCAAGGAACUAGUUUGACCCAUUUUGUUAAAGGCUUUAUUCGCCUACACAGUGCUCUCCAUCUUGGUAUCCACCUCUGUUUUGGUCUUAUGUUGAUGACGAGACUGAGUAGACUACUAUCUCACACUGGGGCAAUCGCCUUCAGGUUUCGUUCUCAAGCACCGCAAAAACGAAAUACCCGAUAUCGCAUUUCCCGUAAUCCGUGAUGUUUUGGAUGACAUUUCUCCAAAAUUCUGCCCCUUGAGGAGCGUUGUAAACAAGCCAAGACAUGUAGGAGCAACGAAUUGCAGCUUGCGACUUUCUUAACGAGUUAACUCUCCCUCUGAUUUUUCUUCAGAGCCCGUGAUUCUUCUCCAAUUUAUAAGAAAGUAUCCGGGUUGAAGCAGUUGCUGGAGUUUCCAUCACGGAUUUUGUUUGCAUCAGCUGAAAGUAUGUUUUCUCUAUUUUACUAUAUGAAAUUUAAGUCGACCACUAAGCUACCCUUAAAAGCGCUCUGGCCAAAUUCGUUUACUCAAUACACCGAAUAGUUAGCGUAAACCCAUUCACCGCCUAUGAAGAAUUUCUUCAAUCGCUUUCAGUACCUCAGAUGCCAAAUUGGUCCGUACCAUGCGUCUUGCGUGGUACGUCCUGAAGUUGAAGGCGGGGAGUCGUGAGAGGCUUAUUUUUCAAUUGAAAAACGACGUUAUACACGGUGGCUUCAUUUAGCAAUCCAAGGUUGUGAAGUCGGAUCGUUAAAGGAACCUGACCUUGUUAUUACGCCGCCGGCGCUACUUAACAAUCUACCGGAAAGGGCGUUAAUACGCAUGUAGCACGCGAAUGUGCCUGCUUCCAAUAUUUUUAGUCGUUGUAAUAUCCCCAGAAGUGAGAACCUGGACAGCAGGCAUGCUUUCGGUCGCGUCGGUUUUUUACAUACGCCAUCGGACGGCCUUAAUGCAUCAAAUUGCAUGCCUGCAACCACCACAUCCCAUCCGCUGGAUGUGACCAGUAAGACUAUACUUUUUACAUCUCAGAGGGUUUGGCCCUGGGUACACUACACUACUUAUUUUGCAACCGCUGUGGUUUAUCUUAAACGGCGACAUCACAGCCUCGUCAUAAUUCCGUAACCCAACAAUUCCUACCUUUCAUUUGUAAAGUAAAAUUGUCUACCCUUUUCUUCCUAAGUAACGGCUUUAUUGCAAUUUCAGCUGCUCAAGGGUGUGGAAUAUUUGCACGCACAAUGGAUCCUACAUCGUGAUCUCAAGCCAAAUAACCUCUUCCUCAGUUCCACCGGCGUCGUAAAAAUCGGCGAUUUUGGUUUAGCCCGACAUUUUGCAGCCUCCCCAAGUCGGCCGAUGACUCAUCAGGUCGCCACGCGCUGGUAUCGUGCACCUGAACUCUUCUACGGCUGCACACAGUACGGCGUCGGCAUCGACAUGUGGGCAGUCGGCUGCAUCAUUGCUGAGUUUCUUCUGCGUGUCCCUCUCUUCCCGGCGGACUGCGAUCUUUCGCAACUGGCCAAGAUAUUCGAGGUUAGUUGCCGCCCACACUGUUGUCACAGGCCUGAUUUUCUGAUCAGUUCCACUAAGUUUCUACUCGCUGAGGCUUUAAUGAGUCUCUCGAUUUCCUCUCUCAUUGGCGAAUACUUUUUACAAGACGGUAAGAAUUAGUUGGGAGAGUGCUUAGUUUCAAGAAGAAAAUGCGUUUAACAAGAGAGGUAUAUUUGGGGUCUGACAUUUCACAUGGCGCAUUCAGCUGCCCGCCCUCGGAGAAUGGAAAGUCCUGUGUGCGGAAUGCGUAUAAAUGAUCUGAGUUGACUGCUCUCUGAACUUUCGCCCUUAGAGGACCCCUGAUACAUGCCAACUAAUGUUCGUGGAUAUCUUUUGGCUCUGAAAAGCCCCUGAAAAUGAUUGAUCUCGUCCCGUUUUACCGCUGACACGGUCCAGUACACUUUAACUCAUCGUUGAAGCAUGUUUACAACUUCGUUUUGGGUUUUUGUGGAGGCUUUGGCAAGGCGUUGGUUGAUUUCCAGUUCACUAUUGCCGUCAGUCAUCUAUUAGUUUGUCAGCGAAUGAGGAUGUAUAGGAAGGAGACUCUUUCACAUUUUGUCUGCUCUAAAUCAUAUCCCCGUGGUGCUCGAGUUAACUUGCUUUUUAGAGUACCCCACCCUGUCCUGGUUGAUAUUGACAAAGAUGUCAUCGGCACACUGCGUCGAAAAGUUUAGGUUUAUUCUCCUCAAAUACUUGUUUUUUAAGAUUUUGGAUGGCAGCCUCAAGAAUUCCACUCGCAAGUUGGAAAACCCAUGUUCUUGCCUGUAGUUUGUCCAAAUGUGAUUUCGUGACUUAAGUGGAAGAGCGUUGUCAUGCCUGUCAGGUUGAAUCGAUCCGAAACCCGCCUUGUCGACAUAUCUUUAACCUUUUCUGUCAACAGAAGGUAAAAUGUACUGUGACCCCAUUAAUGGUAAAAAAUACCUUGGGGCAGUGCAUCAUGAGUUCGAUUGGACCUCGGGUUGUGGGUUGACAGUCGUUUCCCCCCUAGUGCCUUUUCAGCAGGCCAAUGAUAGUUUAAAUUGAGACUGUCUGGGAAUUGAAAACCGAAAAGCCCAGGCCAAAGCGGAGAAUCGCAUACGUGAAAGGCGUCUCGGCUGUGGCGCCAGGAUGCCUGCUGCGAAACAUGAUUCAUCCACGUGCCGCUGAUAGUGUAACUGCGCAGACUUAGUUCGUCGCGAGCUUUAGGGAGGAGUGGGAUAAGUAUCACAUGACAGGGCGGCUGCAAGAAGCGUCGCCACCAGACAACUGUUCAGUUAGCCGUCUACGAUUUUCUUGACUUUCGUCGUCACUUUACAGGAGGCCACACCCACGGCGAAGUCCGACCUGACGUGCGACCCUCUGAUCUGCCAAUCAUCGCAACAGACGAUAAGGGGGGUCAUGCCGACUGAAGUCUGGCAGGAGCUUGGGAUCACCCAUAAUCAACAUUGCUGAUGUGCACUAAAGGCCUGUGGAAAACCCCAUCUCCCGUUUUAUGAUAUCUGGCUAUCGCAUCUUUGCUACUAUCACUGUCUUUUGCAUCUGUAGGCUUUUCGGGGUUUUAGGCGUUUACGGGUGCCUCAACACCGGAGCUUGAGGCACCACUAAUUGAUGACCUUCAUUAAGCCUAGAGUGGUUAUCCAACUGUUCCUGACCUUUGUCAGUCACAGCUCUGGGAGAUAUUGCUUUUAUCUACGAUGCUAUGGAAGGAUACUUAAAAGCUGUUUUCAACCUUAGACAGUCGGUUCCUUGGUCGAUGGAUUCUUCGCAAAUGCCGGUUUCAUUUUUUUAUACUAAUUGUCAGCGUUUCCAGUCGCUUCCUUCCACAGUCCGAUUGUAACAGGUCAAGCAUAAUCGGUAGCGCCUGUAGAUGGGUUUUUCUGGGCCAAGGUCACAUAAAUUAUGACUUUUAAUUUUUGGCAAUGAAAAUGGCCUUAAAACCAGUGCCGAUUCUAGAAAUUUUGCUGCAUGAAAGGACGUUAAAAUCUAACGAUGCAGACUAGGAAACAGGUGGCCAUAUUCGAUAUAAACGCCGUUUACACACACAAUCGAUUAGAAGCAACCUUACAUCUGCUUAAUGAUUUUUGUUUCUAUCCAUAAGGUACACAUAUGGUCAGUUUCCCACUUGAACUUUCAUUCACAGAAGGGAGUUUGUUUAAGCGAUCUUGGGUCACUGUUUUGAACGUAGUAGUAGUAGGCCUUUUCACGGCAUUGAGCGGAUUGAAAUUUCACAUAGGUUACCGGAACACCGUCAGAAGAUACCUGGCCUGACGUCUGCCGCCUGCCUAAUUACAUCAGCUUUGAGCCUCGAGCUCCGGUGCCCUUCAACCAGAUUUUCACCGCUGCCAGCGAGGACUUGAUAUCUCUGCUCUACUGUCUGUUGAGUCUGGAUCCUGAUCAACGAGGUACCGCCACUUCAGCUCUGGCCUCGCGCUACUUCCGAAAUCCACCCGCGCCCACACCUGAGGAAGAUCUGCCGCGACCAAAGUUGAGUCACUCAGUUGCUGGUAUGUUGCAACAGCACCAACGCCAGAGGCUUGUCGCCAUGCCACUUGACCCUGGCAACCAGUCCCAGCAGCUGUUUUACCAGGAUGACGAGGACCCCCCAAUAAAGCGGGUGAGGGUUUAUUGAGUCCACCCCUCCUGUCUUUCACUGCCUCCCCUGUUCUUACGACUCUGUUCCAUGCUGGAUGUCGUGUGCUCCUCUCCGAAACGUGUACAGUCUUUUAUAUAUGUACAUGCAUACAUAUUUACGCUUAUAUAACAAACGAUAACAAUGAAUCAUAUACUUAUCAAUUUUUUAACCAAACAAAUUACCCUCUGGGUCAGGAAAGGCCUAGUGGUCUGCUAAUGAGCGUAUAAUUAAAACAGGGUCAGGAGGUGUUUUGGUUGCCCAAGCCAGACACCACGACCUGUUGGUCUUUUGAAACAGGGACCAUGUGCUACAUGGAUAAUCCACGCAUCGUGUUAUGGAGUUGGGACGUUUGGCACAGUUUUGGUUACUGAGCGAUCCUAAUCUGAGCGGGAGCGGUUAGAGUUCCGUUCCAGUUACAUUGCCACGCAUACAUUUAACAUCGAAACGCCGUACUGACAUAUUGAAAGUAGCACGCUUUAGGUACUUGAUUACAAGAUGGCGUCUGGCUAGUUUAACUUGGCACGGCACCUCUUAUAUUGAAUACCGUAAGGUGGAGUUUCUACAUCAAAAGCCGGGAGGAUCAUAUUAACCUGCAUGCUUCUCCACUCUUCAGACAAAACUGUCUUUUCAAAGUCGACUUUUCGAUUACACCUGGCGUAAACUUUCCUAAACAGUGGAGAAGCGGUGUUAGAAUUGUUCCCGCAAUUCCUUUUGUUGAUGCUGUUAAAAUAAUCUCAGGGAAAUACUGUUUGAUCCGCUGGCCCCAUUCAGAAUAGGAUGUUGCGUUUCAACACUACGGUACCUGACGACUGCUUGUUACCUUAGAAGUUUGAACCAACCCUUAUGAGGUAUGGGGCUUUUCACAAACCCACAUAACUUAAGAGGUUGGAGUUGUCUCGUCCACAUGACCCGUCGCAUUACGAUUAAACUGGUAUAAGCCGUCAUAACUACACAAUACGUACCAUCUACUUGGGCAAAAUGAUACGGGGAGCGUUUCCCACUUAAGUUUGAUAACCUAGGCUGAUAGUCUCACCAUUUCAAUAUAAUUUUUUCUGUGAAAAAUCCGGAAUACUUGUUUUUUCGCUAGCAUUAGAUUACUUUCGCCCUACCCGUCGGGAAGCCAUGUUUCUCUGCCAACUUUUUGCAUCGGGUCGGAGAAAUAAGAACAGUGAGAGUUCGGAUGGCAUUGUGCUCUCCAAAUUUAAUAAAACCACUUGUCCUUAAAUCACUCACUAGGAGAUGUGAGAUUCCAAUUUAUAGCGGGAUUAUUAUUUAUGUGCACAAGGCUGAGUAGCUCGAACCUGAGAAGCCUAUUUGGUAGUCCCACCAGUGUUCUGUACUUAAAGUUAACAAACCCAUGCCAGAAAAGGCUGAAAAAUACUGAUUUAUGCUGACUGCUGUCAUGCAUUCGUUUCAGAAUGAAGUCAUCAGACGCUCUCAUACACACCCGCCCCGCGGCACCUCCCAAGUGCUAAGUCAUAUGUCGUGUGGGAUGCCAGCGAUCGGCGUCGGCUGCUUUCAUUUCAGGGUGUGGUUGGCAUUCUUAAGCUC